AUGGAGAUUUCUUCCCAUCAAUUUCAUCUCCUUCAGCAACUAAAUGAGCAGCGCAAGCAAGACUUAUUCUGUGACUGCAGUAUCCUAGUUGAGGGGAAGGUCUUCAAAGCACACAGAAAUGUGCUGUUUGCCAGUAGUGGUUAUUUCAAAAUGCUCCUUUCCCAAAGCUCAGAGACUAGUCAGCCAACCACAGCUACUUUUGAGGUCUUCUCUCCUGAUACCUUCACAGUUAUUCUGGACUUUGUAUAUUCAGGAAAACUGUCUCUCACUGGUCAAAAUGUGAUUGAAGUAAUGUCAGCUGCUAGUUAUCUGCAGAUGACAGAUAUUCUUAGUGUAUGUAAGACAUUCAUUAAAUCCUCACUGGAGAUUAAUGAAAAAGAGAAGGAUCACUACUUCGCCCUCUCAGCCAAAAGGGUCAACAGUAGAUUUGACUGCCCACCUUUUUAUAGAUCACGAAGGAAAGUUAAAAGCAACCCCAUCAGUUCUCACUUAAUUCCAGAUCAAAAGGCAGGCAUGGUGAAUGAAUAUUCCUGGGCCAAUAACAGGAACCACUCAUCUUCACAAAUGAAUGUCCAACUGCAAGAAACACAAUUAUCCAAAAGAGGCCAAAAGCUUGGCUCAGUGAAAAAGCGCCAAAGGCGUCUAGGACUGUCACAGUCCCAUGACUUUCUGAAAUAUAAAUCAAACAAACCUGAUGAGGCCAGUGGAAGUUGCAGUGCUUCAGAGACUAACCCCAUUUCUCAUUCCAAAGAGCAAAUUCAGUUUGACACGGAGAACAACACUGCUCAUACUGGGUACCGAUGUGAUCAAGAAUCAAAGGUGAUACCAAAGAAAUGGAUUUUCUCUGUAACAGAUGAUCUACUUAAGAUGAGAUUCAAGUGCCCCUUCUGCACCCAUACAGUGAAACGGAGAGCAGACAUGAAGCGGCAUCUUCGAUGUCACACAGGGGAACGACCUUAUCCGUGUGAGGCAUGUGGGAAAAAGUUCACAAGAUUAGAGCACCUACGUAGCCAUUUCCAAACAAUACAUCAAGCUGGCAAACUAAUCUGCAGAAAGUGUAAGAAUCAUGUCACCGACCUAACAGGACAUGUGGUUCAACAAGGAACAAGGCGCUACAGACUAUGUAAGGAAUGUCUAGUUGAAGCAGGUAUUGACAGCAUUCGUGAUGACUUAGACGUAGAACAUCCUCUUACUAUCUCUCUAGGAGACAACAUUUCUGGGUGGCACCUGGAUGAAGAGCACAGAUCAGAUGUAGAGAUGGAGGAUGAACCUGAUAAAUUUGUCAUCCAACAAGUUAAUGAUGAUAGCACAGAUGAGACUGAAGAAAAAGUGAAACCAAAUCCUAGAUAG